CCGAGCCAAGUUAAAGCAAUACCAGACAAGCAGCGCUACAGUACGGACGCGCAGUCAGGACGUGUGAAGCAGAAUAUCAAUUGUGCUUUGUGGAGAAAAGAAAAUUAUUAUUAUUAACUGUGUUGUGUAAAAGAUCAAAUAUGCAGAUUUUCGUGAAAACUCUGACCGGAAAGACCAUCACCCUCGAGGUCGAACCAUCCGAUACGAUUGAGAAUGUGAAGGCGAAGAUCCAGGACAAGGAGGGAAUCCCGCCAGAUCAGCAGCGUCUGAUCUUUGCCGGAAAGCAGCUGGAGGAUGGCCGCACCCUGUCGGACUAUAACAUCCAGAAGGAGUCCACCCUUCAUCUGGUUCUCCGUCUGCGUGGUGGUAUGCAGAUUUUUGUGAAAACUCUGACCGGAAAGACCAUCACCCUCGAGGUCGAACCAUCCGAUACGAUUGAGAAUGUGAAGGCGAAGAUCCAGGACAAGGAGGGAAUCCCGCCAGAUCAGCAGCGUCUGAUCUUUGCCGGAAAGCAGCUGGAGGAUGGCCGCACCCUGUCGGACUAUAACAUCCAGAAGGAGUCCACCCUUCAUCUGGUACUCCGUCUGCGUGGUGGUAUGCAGAUUUUCGUGAAAACUCUGACCGGAAAGACCAUCACCCUGGAGGUUGAGCCAUCGGAUACGAUUGAGAACGUCAAGGCAAAGAUCCAGGACAAGGAGGGAAUCCCGCCAGAUCAGCAGCGUCUGAUCUUUGCUGGAAAGCAGCUGGAGGAUGGCCGCACCCUGUCGGACUAUAACAUCCAGAAGGAAUCGACCCUUCAUCUGGUUCUCCGUCUGCGUGGUGGUAUGCAGAUUUUCGUGAAAACUCUGACCGGAAAGACCAUCACUCUGGAGGUUGAGCCAUCGGAUACGAUUGAGAAUGUGAAGGCGAAGAUCCAGGACAAGGAGGGAAUCCCGCCAGAUCAGCAGCGUCUGAUCUUUGCCGGAAAGCAGCUGGAGGAUGGCCGCACCCUGUCGGACUAUAACAUCCAGAAGGAGUCCACCCUUCAUCUGGUUCUCCGUCUGCGUGGUGGUAUGCAGAUUUUUGUGAAAACUCUGACCGGAAAGACCAUCACCCUCGAGGUCGAACCAUCCGAUACGAUUGAGAAUGUGAAGGCGAAGAUCCAGGACAAGGAGGGAAUCCCGCCAGAUCAGCAGCGUCUGAUCUUUGCCGGAAAGCAGCUGGAGGAUGGCCGCACCCUGUCGGACUAUAACAUCCAGAAGGAGUCCACCCUUCAUCUGGUACUCCGUCUGCGUGGUGGUAUGCAGAUUUUCGUGAAAACUCUGACCGGAAAGACCAUCACCCUGGAGGUUGAGCCAUCGGAUACGAUUGAGAACGUCAAGGCAAAGAUCCAGGACAAGGAGGGAAUCCCGCCAGAUCAGCAGCGUCUGAUCUUUGCUGGAAAGCAGCUGGAGGAUGGCCGCACCCUGUCGGACUAUAACAUCCAGAAGGAAUCGACCCUUCAUCUGGUUCUCCGUCUGCGUGGUGGUAUGCAGAUUUUCGUGAAAACUCUGACCGGAAAGACCAUCACUCUGGAGGUUGAGCCAUCGGAUACGAUUGAGAAUGUGAAGGCGAAGAUCCAGGACAAGGAGGGAAUCCCGCCAGAUCAGCAGCGUCUGAUCUUCGCUGGAAAGCAGCUGGAGGAUGGCCGCACCCUGUCGGACUAUAACAUCCAGAAGGAAUCGACCCUUCAUCUGGUUCUCCGUCUGCGUGGUGGUAUGCAGAUUUUCGUGAAAACUCUGACCGGAAAGACCAUCACUCUUGAGGUUGAGCCAUCGGAUACGAUUGAGAAUGUGAAGGCGAAGAUCCAGGACAAGGAGGGAAUCCCGCCAGAUCAGCAGCGUCUGAUCUUCGCUGGAAAGCAGCUUGAGGAUGGCCGCACCCUGUCGGACUAUAACAUUCAGAAGGAGUCCACCCUUCAUCUGGUUCUCCGUCUGCGUGGUGGUAUGCAGAUUUUCGUGAAAACUCUGACCGGAAAGACCAUCACUCUUGAGGUUGAGCCAUCGGAUACGAUUGAGAAUGUGAAGGCGAAGAUCCAGGACAAGGAGGGAAUCCCGCCAGAUCAGCAGCGUCUGAUCUUCGCCGGAAAGCAGCUGGAGGAUGGCCGCACCCUGUCGGACUAUAACAUUCAGAAGGAGUCCACCCUUCAUCUGGUUCUCCGUCUGCGUGGUGGUAUGCAGAUUUUCGUGAAAACUCUGACCGGAAAGACCAUCACUCUUGAGGUUGAGCCAUCGGAUACGAUUGAGAAUGUGAAGGCAAAGAUCCAGGACAAGGAGGGAAUCCCGCCAGAUCAGCAGCGUCUGAUCUUCGCUGGAAAGCAGCUGGAGGAUGGCCGCACCCUGUCGGACUAUAACAUCCAGAAGGAGUCCACUCUUCAUCUGGUUCUUCGUCUGCGUGGUGGAAAUUAAUUCGUUGAAUAAAGCACAUUGAACCUUCAUGAA